AAUCUUGUUGCCGGACGUGUGGCUCCAAAUUCUUAAGCUUUGCGAACCCGAGACCCACAAACCACCGGGCUCACUGCUCCGGUCCGCAGCUCCUGUCCAAGAAAUGCUCGUCGUUGCCAUGGCACCGGUUCCGCUGAGCACCUUCGUGUCCUCCCCUGCGCGUCACCCUUGUUCCGAUUCGUAUCAUGGCCGUCGCCGGGGUGCCGUCUCUGCGUCGUCGUCCUCCUCCUCUGCUAAGGCGGAGGAAGUGGUCAUCGUGGGUGCGGGCAUCGCGGGUCUGGCCACCGCGCUCUCCCUGCGCCGGCUCGGCGUGAGCGCCACCGUGCUGGAGCAGGGCCCGUCCCUGCGCGCGGGCGGCACGUCGCUGACGCUGUUCAAGAACGGGUGGCGCGUGCUGGACUCCAUCGGCGUCGCCGACGAGCUCCGGGCCAAGUACCUCCGCGUCCAGGGGAUGAGGAUGCGGUCGUCGGCGGGCGGUCGUGACCUGCGCGAGUUCUCCUUCGAGGAAGAGGCUCCCGGGCAGGAGGUGCGGGCGGUAGAGAGGGGAGCGCUGCUCGCGGCGCUGGCCUCCAAGCUCCCGCCGGGCGCCAUCUCCUUCUCGUCCAGGCUCAAAUCCAUCGCCGGCCAAGGGCCCGAUGGCACCCUGCUGGAGCUCCAGGACGGGAGGCGGCUCCUGUCCAAAGUGGUGCUGGGCUGCGACGGCGUCAACUCCCCGAUCGCGAGGUGGAUGGGGUUCUCGGAGCCCCGGUACGUGGGGCACAUGGCGUUCCGUGGCCUCGCGGACUACGCUGGCGGGCAGCCGUUCGAGUCCAAGGUGAACUACAUCUACGGCCGGGGCGUCCGCGCCGGCUUCGUCCCGGUCUCCCCGACCAAAGUCUACUGGUUCAUCUGCUUCAACAGCGCAACCCCAGGGCCCAAGACCACGGAUGGCGCGGCGCUCAAGAGCGAGGCCCUGGGCCUGGUGCGGGGCUGGCCGGACGACCUCGUCGCCGUCAUGCGGAGCACGCCGGACGACGCCGUGGUGAAGACGCCCCUCGUGGACCGUUGGCUCUGGCCGGGGCUGGCGCCCCCGGCGUCCAGGGGCGGCGUGGUGCUCGUCGGCGACGCGUGGCACCCGAUGACGCCCAACCUCGGCCAGGGCGCGUGCUGCGCGCUCGAGGACGCCGUCGUCCUGGCGCGCCACCUCGCGCCCGCGGUGCUCGCGGGCGACGACGCCGGCGAGGCGUUGCGCAGGUACGAGAGCGAGAGGUGGGGGCGCGUGUUCCCACUGACGGCGCGCGCGGGGCUCGUCGGUGCGCUCGUGCAGUGGGGCAACCCGCUGGUGUGCGCGGCGCGGGACGGCGUGGUCAUCCCGAGGUUGGUCAGGCUGGGGCCGUUCCUCGAGCACACCAACUUCGAGUGUGGCCUGCUCGAGCCGGCGGCGCCGUCGACAUGAUCUCAGUGUCCAAGACAUACGCCGGAACUCAGCAUAAGGUUUUGAUUACGUCAAGAUUAUUCUAGGAGUACAAUUGUUUUGUGUUUCUAGGAGUACAAUUGUUUCAGUUUAGUCUUAUAACUUCGAAACUGUAAUUUUGGGUCCUAAAACUAUUGAAGAUGUGUCAGUUUAGUCCUAUAACUUCGAAACUGUAAUUCUGGGUCCAAGACAUACGCCGGAACUCAGCAUAAGGUUUUGAUUACGUCAAGAUUACUGCAGUUUCGAAGUUAUAGGAGUCAAUAGUUUUAAAACCCAAGACUGCACUUUCGAAGUUAUAGGACUAAACUGACACACCUUCAAUAGUUUUAGGACCUAAAAUUACAGUUUCGAAGUUAUAGGACUAAACUGAUACACCUUCAAUAAUUUUAGGACCCAAAAAUACAGUUUUGAAAUUAUAGGACUAAACUGACACACCUCUAAUAAUUUUAGGAUUUAUGGUGCAUUUUACUCUAAAAAGAAAUAGGCCGCUUUAGCAAUUUUGGCA